CCAUCAACUUCCGCUCGGCGAUCUCCGGCAGAUUGCUGUCUUUUUCUUUCUUUUCCGUCAAUCGUAGGCUUCGAUAGUGAAACACAUUUCGUGUCGCUUAGCAAAUAAAUUGCCACAAUGUCCGACGUCGAAGUUGAAGCCCCGAGUGCGCCCGUCGAUGGCUCGAUGGAUGUCAACACCGCCCUCCAGGAGGUGCUGAAGAAGUCGCUGAUCGCCGACGGACUGGUGCACGGUAUUCACGAAGCGUGCAAGGCGCUCGACAAACGCCAGGCCGUGCUGUGCAUUCUGGCCGAGAGCUGCGACGAGCCGCAGUACAAGAAGCUGAUCACGGCCCUGUGCAACGAGCACCAGAUUCCACUGAUCCGUGUCGAUUCCAACAAGAAGCUCGGCGAAUGGUCCGGCCUGUGCAAGAUUGACAAGGAAGGCAAGCCCCGAAAGAUUUGCGGCGCCUCCUGCGUCGUGCUGAAGGAUUUCGGAGAGGAGACUCCAGCCCUCGACGUCAUCAAGGAGCACCUUCGGCAGACAGCCUAAACCACAGUUGCCGCCGUACAUUAUGAGUUAUUUUGUGAACGUGUAAGAAGAUCACACAUAAACCGAGGUGUAUCCUGCUGAAAGAUUACACAAAACCACUA